GCCGGCAGUGUGAGCUGGACCUCGCGUCUUAAGCUGGUUGGCUGGCACGGGGCGGCUGGUCGGUCGGUCGGUUGAUGGUAGCCAUGGCUCGAGUCGCUGCGCUGCUGCUGCUACCGGUUCUAAUUGAAUCGGUGUUUUCCAUUUCUUUCUUUUUACCGGUCAACACCAGAAAGUGUCUGCGGGAGGAGAUCCACAAAGACGUCCUGGUGACGGGAGAGUAUGAAAUCAGUGAGCAGGCGAACACCAAAACCAACCUGAAGAUCACAGACUCCUCCAGUCACACUCUCUACUCCAAGGAAGAUGCAACGAAAGGCAAAUUUGCAUUCACUACAGAGGACUACGACAUGUUCGAGGCUUGCUUCGAAAGCAAAUCACCCAUGGGAACUGGAAGAGUGCCUGACCAGCUGGUCAAUCUGGAUAUGAAGCAUGGCGUCGAGGCCAAAAACUAUGAAGAGAUUGCCAAGGUGGAGAAGCUGAAGCCUCUUGAGGUCGAGCUGAGGCGACUGGAAGACCUGUCGGAGUCCAUUGUCAAUGAUUUUGCGUAUAUGAAGAAGAGAGAAGAGGAGAUGCGGGACACCAAUGAGUCAACAAACACACGCGUGUUGUACUUCAGCAUAUUCUCCAUGUGCUGUCUGAUCGGGCUGGCCACAUGGCAGGUCUUCUACCUGCGUCGCUUCUUCAAGGCGAAGAAGCUGAUCGAGUAAAAGCGACUUCCUCGUCCUCCGCCCGGCUCCUUACCUCCGAGGGACGCUGCCCGCCGGUCAGCCAACACAUCCCAACAUCCAACCUCCUUGGACUAGCUUCAGCAAACAAGAAGAAGAAGAAGACGAAGAGGGGUCGAGGGGCUCAAAAUCUUAUUUUCAAGACUGAGUGAGACAGUUCCAAGCUUGUCCUUACGGUGGGGGAAAAAAAAGGAAAAAAACGAAAAAAGAUAAACCUGCUUAUUUAGUUGUUUGAAACUUGAAAAGCUCUGUAGGGAGAAAUGACGCGUGGGAGGCUGUGUGUCGCCGCAUUGGCGAGACACGCCUGUCUUCAUGGUUCACAUUUCUGUCUGCACCGCUUACCGGUUUAAGAUCUUGUACCUUCGACUAGUUGAACAGCGACCUUUUGAUUUUGAGCUGGGUUCGAAUGGAAGUGCCACGAGUGAAUGUCCUUCGCCCUUCUGUUCAUACACACACACACACACACACACACUCUUUUGCCACGCCAAGCAAUCUAGCUCCUUGGCGCCCGUUUUAGCAAGUGAGGCUUUUCGAAUCGAUUUGUUACGUUGACGAGACAAUUGGCAACCACUGAACAGCUGCGUUUUGUCACUUAAUUUGCAUUCAUGUAUGGUAGCUAAGUUUAAGCGUUUCUUUAGGUUGUUUUCAUCAUUGUAAUUCCCACUUAGUUGCUUUACUGGUAUAUUUUUUUUGGGGGGGGGGGGUGAAUUGUAAGCUGUCAGUGUAAAAUAUUCUUAGGUCACUUCUAUGAGCUCUUGCACGUUGGAGUUUUGUUUUCGGAACAUCAUUGUCACCAUUCAGAAGUAGCCAGGAACCAAAAACCUUGUCCUGCAGGAGGAAUUUGUAACAUAUGUAUGGUAUGAAUGAAACAAGCCACUGAAUACGAUACAUGUGAUGCAUUUCAUAGACUUGUGGACAAAGGUUUUGAGAAAGCUGUCCAUUUUCUAAACUUUUUUCUUUUCUAUUGUAUGCCCUCUCUCUUUACACUGGUAAAUUAAAACUAUCCUUUUGACCGUUUCCAAAUCACAGUGCUUGGAGAUUCAUCCAGCGUGCUCGUCAUUUAAAACGCGUGUGAGGCUCGGGUUUCACGAGAAGGUGGGUGUUUGCAGAUAUUCUUUCUGACGGGGAAUAGUUGAGGCAUCUGUCAUUGAAACAUUUUUAAGAACGAACAUGCGCCCCCGUGCGCUGUCAAUGAUUUUUAUGUUGACGGAAAAAUUUUGUAAAUUUGUGUUGGGCUUUUAUUCAAUAAAAUAUUGGAUGGAUUUACA